CCCCCCCCCCCCCCUUCCUCCUUACUUUUGACAUCCGGUCCUAGCCUGUGAUCAGAUCAUGGCCCCAUCGUCCUCUGUCCAUUCCACUGGAGGAUGGGGUUGGUUUGAGAUGGAGGCAACUUUCCUUCAUGCACACGCCCCGUUCGGGGUUCAGUGUCUCGAGGAUCCGGGUGUCGGGGUCAGCAGGUGUGAAAAAUCAGGAUGAACAGGCGUCGUGAGUUAUCCAAUUUGACCUUCUUUUCUGGACGGACGAGCUUGGUUGAGGACCAGCGACGACAGAGUCACAGCAGGAAGGCAGACCGACAAGCAGGCAGGCCAAGUCGGCGUCCGCCGCCUCUCGUACCCCCAAGCACUUUUAAACAAGCAGCUAUAGGAUGCAAGUCGAGCAACUCUCGAGCCGUCUGGCGGUCAUUGCUCACGCCGAGCAUUUCUAUCAUUGGCAUCCCAAGAACGCAGGAUAAUCAUCUGCAGCGCUAUCCUUUGCGGCCAUUCGUGUGUCGAACAAACACCCUCUCCUAUUACUAUAUCCGGAUGAAUCAACGUGCGUCCUCGUCGCGUGUGCUCCGGCUCAACACGGUGAUAUCCACCAACACACUGCUCCUAGCACUGACUGGAUCGGGCCUUGCGAAUAAUGACGUGGGCUCGCCGUCAAAUCAGCCACGGGGUGUACCGUGUACACUUUAAAGCGAAAGCACCUGCGCCGGACCUCGGCUCAGACUAACGAGGAGAGCUAGUCUGGAGUAGGCUGACGGACUUGGAGAAGACGAAUCUAUCUACCUAGUGACGGGGGUGCGACGUGGGAGGGAGGAGGUUCUACUAGGGUGGUUGAUUUGCGGAGAUCCUGCUGAUAACCAUAGUACCCCAUAUCGCCGGCAGAGCUGGUCCGGACAUCCCUUCAGUUCCUCCACCCAAGGAAGCCAGAUAGAUAAAUGGAUCGAUGGAUAUUAGAUAACGGCAGUUGCUGUGCUCCCCAAGUCCGUGAGUCUGUAAGAUAGCGAUGGGGCGGGGUUCGGAUUUGUACCACUAGGGGGAAAGCGAAAAUAAUACAAGACACAUGCCAUCCGCUAUUGCUAGGGUUAGACACCGGGUGGAUCCAAUCCCCACGCGACGAUGCUAGGGUUGGGGCA